ACGUCGUGACUGAUAUGCCCACAAGCUUUGUUUUAGGGUUAUUUUCGUGAAUCCAUCCCCGGGCGGGACCGGUGCGAGACGCACCGGUGGCACCGUGCGAGGAUUGUUAGUUGCCAAACCAGUAGAAAUAUUUCUUCCGCUCCCUCCAAGCCAAACGCCUCCCGUCUACUCUCGCAUCACCAAACCAACCAAACUCUUCUCUCUCUUCCUCUCUCUAACUUUCCUUCCAUGGCCGGGAAGUCCAUGCAGGCGGUUCACUACAGCGGUUACGGUGGUGGAGCUGCGGGCUUGAAGCAUGUCGAGGUUCCGAUUCCUUCACCAAAAAAAGAUGAGAUUUUGUUGAAGCUGGAAGCAACAAGCAUAAAUCCAUUUGAUUGGAAAGUUCAGAAAGGCAUGCUUCGACCAUUUUUGCCGCCCAAAUUUCCAUUCAUACCAUGUGUUGAUGUGACAGGAGAAGUUGCUGAGGUAGGUCCUGGAGUGAGAUCCUUUAAAGCAGGUGAUAAAGUUGUUGCCAUGCUUAAUGUUUCAAGUAGUGGUGGUCUCGCGGAGUAUGCUGUGGCACCGGUGCCCUUUACAGUCAGUAGGCCACCUGAAUUAUCUCCUGCUGAAGGUGCAGGCCUUCCCACUGCUGCUGUUACUGCCCUCCAGGCACUUAAGGCUGCUGGGACCAAGUUCGAUGGCACUGAUGAGCCAUCAAAUGUCCUGAUCACCGCAGCCUCUGGGGGUGUGGGACAUUUUGUUGUCCAGCUUGCCAAGCUGGCAAACCUCCAUGUGACAGCUACCUGUGGUGCUCGCAACUUAGAGCUUGUGAAGAGUCUGGGUGCAGAUGAGGUGUUGGACUACAAGACUCCAGAUGGUGCAAGCUUAAAGAGUCCAUCAAACAGGAAAUAUGAUUUCGUGAUCCACUGCACUACUGGCAUUGCCUGGUCCACCUUUGAGCCUAAUUUGACUACUAAUGGAAAGGUCAUUGACAUAACUCCAUCUGUCAAGGCUGUGGCUACUUGUGUCUUGAAAAAGGUGACCUUCUCCAAGAAGAAGCUGGUGCCAUUGCUAUUAGCACCGAAGAUGGAGGACUUGAACUUUGUGGUAGAAUUGGUGAAGGAAGGGAAGAUCAAGACAGUGGUGGAUUCAAGGCAUCCUUUGAGCAAAGCAGAGGAGGCUUGGGCUAAGAGCAUAGAUGGUCAUGCUACAGGGAAAAUCAUUGUGGAAAUGUGAAAAGUCUUUCAGUAUUGGUGUCUCUAGACAUUUAAUAUGAGGAUGAUGUAGUUGCUGCUGUUAGGAGGCUAUCAUUUGAGGCUGUCAUUCUAUCGUGUUGUGUGGUGUAAGAUAAGGUUUGAGAGUCUUGGUUCUUGCAUGUAGUAGUAAACUAGUUAUUAUGCCAACAACUUCUGAAUGAUGCCUACAAACUUGCUAUAUUUGUCUCUCAAAAACCUUGCUAAAUUAAGGCUUUCUGAAAGUAAUACUGAUAUCACAUGUUCAUGGUUGCUACUUGCUA